AUGGUUUAUCUCUCAGAAACAGUAAAGCUCAACAAUGGAUUGGAAAUGCCCCUCGUAGGGCUUGGAUGCUGGAAAAUCCCCAACGAAGUGUGCGCGUCCCAGGUUUACGAGGCGAUCAAGCUCGGUUACCGACUCUUCGACGGUGCUCAGGACUACGGGAACGAGAAAGAAGUGGGACAGGGGAUUCGUAGGGCCAUUGACGAGGGCAUUGUCGAGAGAAAGGACUUGUUUGUGGUGUCGAAGCUGUGGAACUCGUACCACGACCCCAAGAACGUCAAGCCAGCGUUGAAGAGAACGCUGCAAGAUUUGGGCCUCGACUACUUGGAUCUGUUCUACAUCCACUUCCCCUUGGCGUUCAAAUACGUGCCUUUCGAGGAAAAAUACCCUCCCGGAUUCUACACGGGCGCAGAGGACGACAAAAAGGGCGUGAUCAGCCUGGAAAAAGUGCCUAUCAUCGACACCUAUCGCGCGCUGGAGAGCUGUGUGGAAGAGGGCAUGAUCAAGUCGAUUGGGAUCUCCAAUUUCCGCGGGAUUCUAGUCCAGGACCUGCUCGCGGGCGCCAAAAUCCCCCCUGCGUGUUUGCAAAUCGAGCACCACCCGUAUUUGACGCAGGAGCAGUUGGUGGAAUACUGCCAGCAAGCGGGAAUUCAAGUGGUCGCAUACUCAUCGUUUGGCCCGCAAUCGUUCAUCGAGCUCGACUCUGAGCUUGCCAAGACCACCCCCACGCUGUUCGAGCACUCUACCGUCAACGAGAUCGCAAAACGCCACAAUGCUACCGCUUCCGAGGUUUUGCUGAGAUGGGCCACCCAGAGAGGCGUUGCCAUCAUCCCUAAGUCCUCUAACACGCAGCGUCUCUUGACCAACCUGCAGAUCAACGAGAAAGUGACGUUGACCGCUUCCGAACUGGCCGAAAUCUCGUCUCUCAACAAAGACAUUCGCUUCAACGACCCCUUCACGUGGCUCGACAGCAAGUUCCCUGUCUUUUCCUAA